GGAGGGCAGCGCUGCUAGAACCCACCCGCGGCCGCAGCUCCCGCGCGGACAUGGCUGCGGGGCCCGGGGCGCGGGCAGCGAUGGCCACGCGCGCCUGACAGGUGCGGAGCAUGUACGGCAAAGCGGGCAAGGGCUGCGCGCCCUCGGACGGCCAGGCGCGCGAGAAGCUCGCUCUGUAUGUAUACGAAUACCUGCUGCAUGUGGGGGCACAGAAGUCGGCACAGACCUUCCUGUCCGAGAUCCGCUGGGAGAAGAACAUCACACUGGGCGAGCCCCCUGGUUUCCUGCACUCUUGGUGGUGUGUCUUCUGGGACCUUUAUUGCGCAGCCCCAGACCGCAGAGAGGUUUGCGAACACUCCAGUGAGGCCAAAGUCUUCCAGGACUAUAGUGCGGCGGCCCCCAACCCUGUGAUGGGCGCCAUGGCCCCUAAUGACGCAAUGGGGGCCGGUCCUGGGGCGCCGGGCUUCUUUCAGCCCUUCAUGUCUGCGCGGUUCCCAGGGGGUGCCCGGCCCACCCUAAGGAUGCCAGGCCAGCCUCCUGUGGGCCUCCCUGGCUCCCAGCCCCUCCUCCCUGGUGCCAUGGACCCCUCCCCGCGUACGCAGGGGCACCCCAGCCUGGGAGCCCCGAUGCAGAGGGUGACACCCCCGAGGGGCAUGGCCAGUGUUGGGCCCCAGGGCUAUGGAGCUGGCAUGCGGCCCCCACCCAAUUCCCUUGCCACCAGCCAGGUCCUGCCAUCCAUGAACAUGGGUCCGGGGGUGCGUGGCCCGUGGGCCAGUCCCAGCGGUAACUCGAUUCCCUACGCUUCCUCAUCGCCUGGCAGCUACACGGGACCCGCAGGAGGGGGCGGGGCCCCCGGAACACCCAUCAUGCCCAGCCCUGGAGACUCCACCAACUCCAGCGAGAACAUGUAUACCAUCAUGAACCCCAUCGGGCCGGGCGCCGGCAGGGCUAACUUCCCGCUCGGCCCCGGCCCCGAGGGCCCAAUGGCCUCUAUGAGCGCGAUGGAGCCGCACCACGUGAACGGAUCCCUGGGCUCUGGCGAGAUAGACGGGCUGCCGAAGAACUCCCCCGGCGCCGUGGGCGGCCUGAGCAACGCCCCGGGGACCCCGCGCGACGACAGCGAGAUGGCGGCCGCCGGGACCUUCCUGCACCCGUUCCCGAGCGAAAGCGUAAGCGCCUGCGUCGACUCCCCACCCGCGGCCGCGGCGGGCCGGAGGGGCCUGGCGGGCAGACCCCGGCGGGGCGGCCGCGGGGCCAGAGCAAGACCGUGACCGCGGCGGGCCAGGUGGGGGGGCGGCCGCGGCACCUUCCCCUCCUCCCCACCCUCCCCGGGUUCCCCCUGUCCCCGGGAGGGCGGGCCACAGCCUCGGCCGGAGCUGAGCCGCGCUCCGCGCGCCGCCCUCUCUCUGCAGUACUCCCCCGGCAUGACCAUGAGCGUGUGAUAGCCCUGGCCUGAGCCCAGUGUCCUGCUGGCGAGGUCUCGGGUCGCGCCUCUGCUACCCGGACUCCUGGCCAGCCCAGCCUGGAUGGCCAGCAGGGCCCCCACGAAGGACUUUCUCAUUUUCUAAACACACACACAGAC